AUGCUGCGUUUAACCGCUGUGAUUUCAUCAGUCUUUUUCUUGGCCCUUGUCUUUGCUGUACCAAAUCGACGAGUGAAGAGAGACAAUUGUGGGGCGAUCACCGAACCUGCUGGGAAAUGGUUCUUGAAAUCAGGACAAAAUGCCGCUUCGGUGUUCUGUGAGCUUUGUCUUGACUUGAUUGAAAUCGCGAAAAUGUAUGAGGAGUGUGGAGAGGAAACCGCACGCCGACAACUCGACACGAAUUGCAUCAAGAAGUUCGGCAAUGGUACGCUUCCGACGAAAUUAUGCGAGUCGUACGUUGACGAGAUCAUGUAUGAUUUGAUCAAUGACACAGAGAAUAUAAACACGGGACGAACGUGUGAUCGCGUUUUGCAUGUCGAUGAUUGUCACUAUUCAAUCAAUGGAAAAUACGAAUAUAAACUUUAU